AUGGCUGGUUCACGUCGAGGUGUGGCUCAGCAAAUUCUAUCAGAGGCACCAGAGGCUCACCCGACACAUUGCCAUGGACACGCCCUUAAUCUGGCAGUAUGUGAUGCAACGAAGAGUUCCAAGCUCCUAUCGGAUGCUUUGGAUAUCACAUAUGAACUUGGUAAGCUCAUUAAGUUUUCACCCAAGCGUCAAGGCUUACUAGAUCAAAUUAAGGCGGACAUUAACUUAGAGGCUGCUGGUUUGAAGGUGAUUUGUCCAACACGAUGGACUGUGCGUGGACAGAGUUUCGAUCGCAUAAUCAAGAAUUAUGAGGCCCUUUUGAUGGAAUGGGAUGCCUGUCUGGAAGAUCGACUUGACUCAGCGAUGAGAGCCAGGAUCAUUGGUGUGAAGUCACAGAUGGAGAAGUUUGAAUAUUUCUUCGCUCUUCACCUGGGUGUCAAGGUAUAUUCUAUGACUGACAAUUUGUCAAAGACUUUACAGCAAUCAUCAAUGUCUGCAGCACAAGGGCAGCGCAAUGCCAAAAAUAACGGCAGAAGCCCUAGGCAGGAUCCGCUGUGA